CCAGUUUUCUCUCAACCAUGGCUGCUAACUUGUCUCUCCAAUCUCACACAUCCUCUCUGCAAUCCUCUCAUCAUCAACCCCAUCAUCAUCAAUGUCAAUCAAAAGAGAUUUUAAGACACCAAUCAGAGAUGGAUUAGCAGCUGGUAAAGAGAUUUCGUUGUUCCAAUGUGUCGUUGGACAUGGAUUGUUUCUCGAUAUGGCCACUGCUGUUGUUAUUGCUGGCAAAGAAGGUGUUAGUGUGAAAAGCAAGCGAGAAUGUAUGGUUCUCAGAAAUUGGCAAGCUGCAAACUUGUCAGUUGUAACCAGCUUGUUUGUAUCUCACUGCAGCUGUUUCACAGUCUUUGUGAUGCAGUCUGUCUUUUAAUAGACUUUGCUGUUUUCGUGAAAAAGAAAGAUCAUCAAUCUAUGGAGAAAGUUCUUCCUGAAAAUAUUAGUAUCCAAGACAUGGGAGUACUUCAUCACUCAUCUGUCUAUGUUUUAUUCUCCUUCUUCAGAUUUGAAUGGUAGUUUCAUUUCAACAUGGUUACUAGAGAAUACAUAUUGUUACCAAUGUGUGUGACAAAAUGUUUGAAAGGGAGAAAUGUAUUUGGAUUUGGUUACAACGACAAGACGAAUGAGUAUAAGGUGGUUAGAAUUCAAUAUGAACCAGAGGAACAUGCAGAACCAGGGCAAGUCCAGGUAUACACUCUUGGGGCUGGUACUUAGUGGAGAAACAAAGGAGAGACUGCUUACUCGUUGCAAACCAAUAAUUUUUAUUCACCGGGUAAGAAUGCAGAUGGAGAGGUUUAUUGGCACCAAAGGGAUAAGGAGGUAAGAUCGUGUCCCUGGUAAACUAAUGAAGUCGAACAGUGGAAGAUUGUGGCCUUCAAUUUUGCAGAUGAGGUAUUCCGGUUGGGUUUUAGGCUAAUUUCUCAACAAACCCCUUAGAGUGUUCUGGAAUAUGUGCUUGAGAGUGCAAAGAGCAAGUAUCCUUUUAAAUGAAGUUGCUCAUUGCAAGUGUUUGUGUGUUUGUGAUUUAGUGUCCUGUUACCUUACAUGGUUCAAUAUGCAUUAUCAAGUGAAGCAACUUUAUUGCAUAUUUUGCCAUGAAAACAUCCAUUUUUGCGGUGGCCAUGGUCGAGGUCUUUGCAUGUUUCUGUUACAUGAUUUCAUCUUAUAAGUGGACUGUGGAGGUUGUGCGUGAUCUUGUGGUUAUAAGUUUGUGAGCGAAUGACUGAUUUUCUUAGUUAUUGCCUUUGCAUCCAUGCUGAAGCUGAAGCGACUAACAGAAUCAAUAGCAACAAACUCUUCUUUCUGGCUUAAAUUUUAAAGUAGAAAUCUAGAAGCCAGCACUGAGAAGUAGAAAUCUAGCAGCCAGCACCGACUUUCUAGGGGUUACUCUGCCCAACAUCUGUGAAAAAGGCACAAGAAGAGUGGACUGCUACGGUAUUUAAUAACAUCUUUCAAAAGUAACUUCAAGUAAGACGCAUCAAAGUCUGCCGUUUAUGCCCAAGCCAAAGCUCCUUGUUGUUUAAUAGCUACUAGCGCUGUUCGAAAUCCCUAAGGCGGAAAUAUGACUAUUCCAGAUUCAAAGGAACUGGCGAAGUAAUGGAGAAGUUUUCAAAUGCAAGUCCAUUUCGCCAACCCAAUGGGCAAUCAGAACAAAGUCACUCGGAGGCUAAGGUCACCUUGAAAUUUUGUAAUGAAUUCCAAAGCAUGAACCACCAUCCUGAGCUUGAAUAAUGAUUUUAUGCCGCGGCCAAUGAGCACAAGGAUGCUGUACUAAUUCUUCUGGCAACAUGUAUGGUUGCCCCACUAACUCUUGUGGGGCUUGCCUGCAGAUGAACAUGAUUAUACAAGAGCGAAUCGUACUUUUGAUAUUUUUUCUUUGUCAGAGUUCUUAGUAUUUCUUAAUUAUGGAGAUUGAUUUGACACCCAAAUCGUCAAAGUCUGUGUACGGAGGUGAAGGUGGAUCAUACUUCUCAUGGUCACCUUCUGAUCUUCCUAUGCUUAAAGAAGGUAAUAUUGGAGCCUCAAAGAUGGCUCUUCAGAAGAAUGGUUUAGCUAUGCCUAGCUAUUCUGAUUCUGCCAAGGUUGCUUAUGUUCUUCAAGGAAGCGGUACUGCUGGUAUCAUCCUUUAUGAAGCUGAGAAGGAGAAGGUAAUUGCAGUCAAAGAGGGCGAUGCAAUUGCCUUACCUUUUGGUGUUGUUACUUGGUGGUUCAACAAAGAAGAUACUGAACUUGUUAUUCUGUUCAUGGGGGAUACCUCAAAAGGUCAUAAAGCGGGUGAAUUCACCGAAUUCGCUCUUACUGGUGCGAAUGGUAUCUUCACUGGAUUUACUACUGAGUUUGUUAGCCGAGCUUGGGAUUUGGAGGAAGACAAGGUUAAGGAGCUUGUUGGAAGCCAAAAGAGCACUGGAAUUAUCAAGGUGAAAGAUGGUUUCAAGAUGCCUGAGCCAAGUGAAGAAGACAGAAAAGGAAUGGAUUUGAACUGCUUAGAAGCACCGCUUGAUGUCGAUAUCAAGAAUGGAGGGCGUGUUGUGGUUCUCAACACCAAGAACUUGCCCUUGGUUGAACAGGUUGGACUUGGUGCUGAUCUUGUCAGAAUCGAUGCAGGAUCAAUGUGCUCACCUGGAUUCUCCUGUGAUUCAGCUUAUCAGGUUACCUAUAUUGUUCGGGGAAGCGGACGUGCUCAGAUUGUCGGUGUUGAUGGUAAGCGCAAGCUGGAAAUUAGAGUCGAGGCUGGUAACUUGUUCAUUGUCCCAAGGUUUUUUGUGGUUUCAAAGAUUGCUGAUGAGGAAGGGAUGGAUUGGUUUUCCAUCAUUAGUACUCCAAACCCAAUUUUCUGCCACUUAGCAGGAAGGACAUCAGUCUGGAAGGCAUUGAAUCCUCAAGUUCUCGAGGCUUCGUUCAAUGUUGCACCCGAAGCCGAGAAGCAUUUCCGUUCCAAGAGGACUAAUGCUGAAAUCUUCUUCCCUGCACCAAACUAAGAAGACUGGAGGAUUUCCUCUCAUCUUUAACAAUAUUUCUUUAGUUUUAUUUAGUGUUUACAAUUUAUUCGAUCUUUCUACUUUGAAUAUUGAAUGUUGAUGUUUUUAAUGGUUUCAGUAGUAAUGAAUUCUCAGUUUAUGUUUUUUGAA